AUGGACGGCACGGCUCUAUAUGAAGCGGUUGCUGCAAUCUAUAUUUCUCAAUGCGUUGGUCUGGAUCUUUCAUUGGGCCAAAUCAUCCUUGUCAGCCUAACCGCAACACUAGCCAGCAUCGGUGCUGCUGGUAUCCCACAGGCAGGAAUUGUGACAAUGAUUAUGGUAUUGAUUGCGAUUGGGUUACCGUCAAAUUUGUUCAUCUUGAUAUUCCCGGUCGAUUUCUUCCUGGACAGGAUCCGUACUACUGUAAAUGUCCACGGAGACAGCAUUGGUGCUGCUGUGGUUGGAAAACUCUGUGAAAAGUACUUGAAGCAAGGUGAUGGUUCGGAACGCAACGAGCAGGGGUACAGCAUGCUUUCCACAACUGCUAGCCCGGAUCCUUCGAAACGAAUCAGUAUUGGCAACCAUCACUACGAAAAUUCUCAUAUGUUGUGA